AUGGGUAAAGAAGUGAUACGGGUGACGGAGUGGGAGGCUGGGCUCCCCACCGACGAUGAUUUGCCACCCUUAUACCAGUCUUUGAUCCCACCAGUAUUGGCCAAGGCUUUCAAAAUCUCUCCGGAGCCACCCUAUACAUUGCUGGACGCGUGCCUCCCAGGACACCCUCUCCUCCCUUCGUGCUCCUCCUACUCAGGCAAUACGACCACAAACGCCACCCCCAGCGGCUGCUUCAAUUUCAAGCAUUUUAUAGACGAUAAGAAUGGCAAUCAUCGUGAAAAUCCACUGCCCGUGUGGGAUCACGAGAUGGCAGAAGCGAAGCAUGACGAACUAGGCACCACAAAAGGAUCUGACCCCAAGAAGGCCCACAGGAUGGAGUCCGCGGAAGCUGCGUCCGGCGCCGGCGCCACCUCCAUUGAGAACUGUAUGGAUGAUCAGUCUGUGGACGCGAAGGCUAUGAAGAUGGCGAGGCUCGUGUGGACCCCACAGCUUCAUAAGCGUUUCGUGGAGGUUGUAGCCCAUUUGGGAUUGAAAAACGCGGUGCCAAAGUUGAUUAUGCAAUUGAUGAAUGUGAAGGGAUUGACUCGAGAAAAAGUAGCGAGCCAUUUGCAGAAGUACAGGUUGUAUGUUAGGAGAAUGCAGAGGUUGUCGAAUGAGGCCCCCUCGGUCUCUGAUAAAUUGAUCCCCUCCAUGACCGUGCCUCCACAGAGCUUUAACUAG